CAGAUCCGGGCCGCAGCUGCGGGGACGGCGACAGCGGGCGACCUUCCGGAGGCGGGAGCGAGCCGGGAGCCCGGGACGCCGAGGCCGCCGCCAUGAACAAUUCGGGCGCUGACGAGAUCGGAAAGCUCUUUGUGGGUGGCCUGGACUGGAGUACCACCCAAGAGACGCUGCGCAGCUACUUUUCUCAGUAUGGAGAAGUCGUGGACUGUGUCAUCAUGAAAGACAAAACCACCAACCAAUCUCGCGGUUUUGGGUUUGUCAAGUUCAAAGACCCAAACUGUGUGGGGACAGUGCUGGCCAGCAGACCCCACAACCUGGACGGCCGGAAUAUUGACCCGAAGCCAUGCACACCUCGUGGGAUGCAACCGGAGAGGACACGCCCCAAAGAAGGAUGGCAGAAAGGACCCAGGAGUGACAGCAGUAAAUCAAACAAGAUCUUCGUAGGUGGAAUUCCCCACAACUGUGGCGAGACAGAGCUCAGGGAAUAUUUCAAGAAAUUUGGAGUGGUCACCGAAGUGGUCAUGAUCUAUGAUGCAGAGAAGCAGAGGCCUCGAGGUUUUGGAUUUAUUACUUUCGAGGACGAGCAAUCAGUGGACCAGGCUGUCAACAUGCAUUUUCACGACAUCAUGGGCAAAAAAGUGGAGGUUAAACGGGCUGAGCCUCGGGACAGCAAAAACCAAGCAUCUGGACAGCCAGGAGCCAGCCAGUGGGGCAGCCGUGUCACCCCCAGCGCCGCCAAUGGCUGGGCAGGCCAACCCCCACCCACGUGGCAACAAGGGUACGGCCCUCAAGGAAUGUGGGUCCCCGCAGGACAGGCAAUUGGUGGCUAUGGACCACCCCCUGCGGGCAGAGGAGCUCCGCCCCCACCCCCACCUUUCACCUCUUAUAUUGUGUCCACACCACCUGGUGGCUUUCCCCCUCCUCAGGGCUUCCCACAGGGCUAUGGAGCCCCACCACAGUUCAGUUUUGGCUAUGGGCCUCCGCCCCCUCCGCCUGAUCAGUUUGCCCCUCCAGGGGUUCCUCCUCCACCAGCUACUCCUGGGGCAGCACCACUGGCCUUCCCACCACCUCCAUCUCAGGCCGCCCCUGACAUGAGCAAACCCCCCACGGCGCAGCCCGACUUCCCCUAUGGGCAGUAUGGUUACGGGCAGGACUUGAGUGGCUUUGGACAGGGCUUCUCGGACCCCAGCCAGCAGCCCCCAUCGUACGGCGGGCCCUCAGUGCCUGGCUCGGGGGGGCCUCCCGCCGGUGGCAGCGGCUUUGGACGCGGCCAGAACCACAACGUGCAGGGCUUCCACCCCUACCGCCGCUAGCCACCUGCUGACAUGCACAGGAUGAGACUCGGGAACUCUGACAAUCACACACCUGGCAGAAACUAGCGACUCGACCUUGGGGGCGGGGGGGGUGGGUAGGCUGGCGUGGCUGGGGCGGCUGGACUGAGGUUUCAAAUAGAUUUCUUUCUCUGACCCAACCCAUCGGCACAAUAAAAAACAAGUCACUGGUUCAGCAACAGGGUUGACAAAAAUGUCUUCAGCUUUAAUUCAGAAUUUCAGGUUUCUUUUUCUUUUUUUCUUUUUCUUUUUUUUUUUUUUUUGAAAUUAUUUUCCUGAGCCUUUUGUUUUACCGUAUGUUGUAAACUUUUAUGUUAAAGAAAAAAUAUACAUUUACAAAUUGUGAGAUUUUUAAGAGAAAUUUUCUACGAUGUAUACUGGCUUAUUUUUUAAUUUAAAGCAGGGUUCCGUGGUGUGGUGUGGCUGCAGCUGCUCCAUUCUGUUGGGGUGGGGUGGGCUGAACGCCCCAAGCCCGCGCGGAAGUCUCCUGAAUGCUUGCUUUCUUGUGUUCACUCCUUGCUUUGGCCAGCCUGCCUGAUGGCCGCGGGGUGCUGGCAGCGCUCACAUCAUGGGUGGCAGGUGGGUGGCCUUGCUGGAGCCCCUUGGACGCGGCAUGGGGCGUGUCCUGGUGACCAGUUUGACUCUGGUUUGAAUAAAGUGCGUUUGGACUAGA